AUGCCCUUUAGUUUUUUGCCAAGGCUCUGCAUAUUGAGUAGUGGUGGCACGGUCAACAACGUGAGCUUGAGGCAACCGGCUGCUACCGGCUCAGUCGUGACGUUACAUGGCCGGUUCGAGAUUUUAUCAUUGCCGGGCUCCUUCCUUCCACCACCAGCUCCACCGGGUGCCACCAAUUUGACCAUAUAUUUGGCUGGUGGAUACGGUCAAGUUGUUGGAGGAAAUGUUGUGGGAGCUUUGAUUGCUUCUGGACUUGUGAUUGUUAUUGCUGCUUCUUUCACUAACGUAGCAUAUGAAAGACUGUCUUUGGAUGAAGAUGAUCACUCACUUUAG